AGCUUUAUUAUAACUGCCAGCUCUCAGAUCUCUUCACUUAAGCUAGUAGUGGAGAGUCACUUUUUAUUUGUUUGUAUUACACUCUUUUCCCUUAAAGAGGGGAAAGCACCUGCCAAACCCAAGAAAUUUGUGGCUUCCUAGGUUUCUUUACCAGCUAGCUAGAACUGCUUUCUUGCUAUAUUUCCCAGUUGAAAAACAUGGAGGAGAAAACGAGUUGGACUGCGGCCGAUGCUGUGGACUACAAAGGUUCUUCUGCAGAUAAGUCCAUAACUGGUGGUUGGGUUACUGCCACGCUUAUAUUAGGAAUUGAAAUAUGUGAAAGGCUAUCAACUAUGGGAAUAGCAGUGAACCUGGUGACAUACCUAGUUGGGACAAUGCAUUUGCCAAGCUCAACUUCAGCAAAUAUUGUCACAGACUUUUUAGGCACAUCCUUCCUCCUUUGUUUGCUUGGAGGGUUCCUCGCCGAUUCCUUCCUUGGCAGAUACAAGACCAUUGCAAUCUUUGCUUCAAUACAGACAUUGGGCACCGCUGCAUUAGCAAUAUCAGUAAAAUUGCCGCAGCUGCGCCCACCUCAUUGUGAUAUUACUGCUGCCAACAACAACUGCAAACAAGCCAAUAAGCUCCAAAUGGGAAUUCUGUACUUGGCUUUAUAUAUAAUUGCAUUAGGGACUGGUGGGUUGAAAUCAAGUGUUUCAGGAUUUGGAACUGAUCAAUUUGAUGAAAAAGAUGACAGAGAGAAAGCGCAGAUGGCAUAUUUCUUCAAUAGAUUUUUCUUCUUCAUUAGCACAGGAUCCUUGAUGGCAGUCACAGUCCUUGUCUACAUACAAGACCAAGUGGACAGAAGCUGGGCCUAUGGAAUAUGUUCCAUUUCAAUGUUUUUAGCAAUCUUGCUGUUUUUUUCGGGGACUAAAAGAUACAGAUAUAAGAAAAGCUUGGGAAGUCCCCUAGUUCAAAUUUUUCAGGUUAUUGUGGCUGCUAUAAGGAAGAGAAAGAUGCCACUUCCAUUCGACGUUGCCUUGUUGUAUGAGAAUUAUCCCGAGGCUUCAAGAACUGGUCACACAGAUCAGUUCCGUUUAUUGGACAAGGCAUCUAUUGUGGCAGAAGAAGAUUCCCAGAGAAAUGAACCAGCAGGUUCUGUUCCGAACCCAUGGAAGUUAUGCUCGGUUACAAGAGUGGAGGAGGUGAAAAUGAUGGUGAAACUACUUCCGAUAUGGGCCACAACCAUCAUCUUUUGGACAACAUACGGACAGAUGAUGACCUUCUCAGUAGAACAAGCAUCCACCAUGGAGAGAUCCGUCGGAAAGUUCCAGAUCCCGGCUGGCUCUCUCACGGUCUUCUUUGUGCUGGCCAUACUGAUCACACUGGCUGUUAAUGACCGUCUCAUUAUGCCUAUUUGGAAGAAAUGGAAGGGCCAGCCAGGUUUCACCGAUCUACAGAGAAUUGCAAUUGGUCUUGUUCUAUCGACUCUUGGAAUGGCAGCGGCAGCACUAACCGAGAGGAAGCGGUUAUCAGUGGCUAAAGAAAUGAGAACUAUGAGUGCAGGUUCUCUGCCUAUUGGUGUGUUCUUGUUAAUCCCACAAUUCUUCCUAGUAGGUUCUGGUGAAGCUUUUAUCUACACUGGCCAGCUCGAUUUCUUUAUAACUCAAUCACCAAAAGGAAUGAAAACUAUGAGCACAGGACUCUUCCUGAGCACUUUAUCACUAGGCUUCUUUUUCAGUAGCUUCUUGGUUUCAAUUGUGAGGAGGUUCACCGGAAGCAAAAAUGGCCAAGGAUGGCUUGCAGACAAUAUCAACUAUGGAAGGCUUGACUGUUUCUAUGGACUUUUGAGCGUUUUAAGUGUCAUUAAUUUUGUAGCAUAUCUCGUUUGUGCAAGAUGGUACAAGCCAAGGAAAUCUACCAAACCAUCUGACGGUUCCUCUGCUGAGGGUAGCUGUUAAAUUCAAGGAUUAAUGGCAUCCAUGCAUCAAAACUUUUUUAUGUUACUAAUAGUCAACAGAAGUCCAUUAUGCUUGGGAAAAGUCCUGCCUACGUACUUAGUUGAAGAUCACAAAUCCAAAACCAGCUCCAAGGGGACGCAUAGACAUUUUUCCUUGGCUUUUGGAAUAAGCGUAUAGUCAAUAACUCUCUGCAGUUGCUUGUUUUCCCAUUUUGAAUAGAAGGAAUAGGUGUUAAGUAUUAUUGUGCCGGUGUUAAUGAAUAAAGGUUCCUGUGCAGAUGCUAAGUGUUAGCUAAGCAUGUAGAUAAUCAGAGGCUUUGUAAUUAGUACAGUGUACGUGUAUGUGACUGUGUAUUCUUGUAGUUCCUUUUUGGCUUUUGCUUUCUUGAUAAAAAUUUGAAUGGCUAUAGAGAAAUGAUAGUAGCUU